AUGGUGAGCCAUUUAUCCCAAAUCGUGGUGAAGGUGCGGCCACAAUAUUUCACCCUAAUGGUAGACGAUAUUCAGCUCAAGACCAACGCGCGAGACAGAGAAAGUACUGACCGGUGUCCUACUAGUGGGAGACCGCAAACUGCCACAGAUGAUGUACACGAGGACAUGCUCGUAGACCUAAUGGGUGAAAGUAGAUCAUGGACUGUGGAUCAACUUGCUACAGAAAUGGGUAUAAGUUAUGGUAGCUCCUGGCUUCGUUGCUAUGACCCGUUAACAGAUCAACAAGCACAAGAGUGGCGUCAACCUGGAGAGGAUCCUGCGAUUUCGAUGUUUUUCAUCGCAUCAAAAGACCCCUCAAAGGAAAACGCUUUGCAACACGAGAUUUACUGA